UGAACUUUUCUCCUUUGAGAGCCUUAAGGUGUGCUUUUUGCAACUAAAUAUCUUGCUAUUUCAAGCACCUCUAUUCAAAAUCAUACCUUCUCUAUGGAAAGGGCAUGCUAUCGUAACAUCGUCAUUCUUAUGCAGGACAAAACAGGCGCUCCAAAUUUGUUGCCGGAAGCUAUAAAGUUCUACACACGUUCCAACAUGACCCUGAGGUGACAGCCCAAAUACUUUUGAUUAGAAGGUGAGAUGAGACCGACAGCUGUCAAAAGUGAGUUGGUAGCACUCUCAGUAGCCUAUUUGCACCUUACGAUGCGUCAGCAAGUGGAGAAAUAGUAAUUAACUCGAGUGGAAACCAAUUUCAGGAGUCGAAAACUGUUGAGUGAGAAAAGGUAGGUACUAGGAAAUUAUUAGUCUAGCACCGACACACCGCACCGCACCGCAACGAAUCGCCGUGAUGUCGCAAGACCCAAGACGUCUGGUGGUCUGCUGAGCUGAGCACGUGAUCCUCUCAGUCUCUCUCUGAGCUCCGCGCCGCUGAUACGUUGAGUGCUCCGCUCCUAUCUCUCGGACUUGGAAUAACUCUGCAGCCGAGAAGUAUCGCUCUCACACGCUCUUUGCUGCUGCGACCUUUUCCUUGUUUUCCAGCGUGUGCAGCGAGAUCUUAUCAUCAGGAAAACACAAACUAUAUAUAAAUGGAGCUGUUCCUGAGGUUACUGGGAGUUAUCAACAACUUCCUCAGAUUAGUACUGGAGCCUGUUUUUAUCUAGUAUCGAAAAAAGAUGUAGUGAUGUCAGGAACAAAAUACCAGAAAAUAUCAAAUGCUCUGAAUCUUGAAAGCGCAACGAAGCUUACAAAGAAAGUUCGAACUGGAGAGGUGAGAAGUGAGGAUUUAGUGGGUGCGUUCGGGUUUCGAGCAAGAAGGGUGCAAGUUCUACUGAAUGCUGUCGUUGAAGAGCGCUACGAUAAGGCAGCACAAGAUGGCUACUUGGCCGACCAAUUAGUCAAUACAGGAGAAAAAACUGAAACCGAAUUGGCCAAGGAAAAGCCAUUACUUGGCAUUCCAAUUUCCAUCUCAGAGGCAUGCAAAGUUGAAGGUAUGAGCUACAGCAUUGGAAGUGUGAUUCGACAAGGGAGAAAAGCAGACCGAGAUGGAAGGGCGGUUGCCCUGUUGAAGAAAGCGGGAGCCAUCCCUCUGGUGGUGUCCAAUCAGCCGGAGUUCGGCCUGGGAGCUGAGACCUACAACCACGUGACGGGUCGCACUGCCAAUCCCUACUGCAGGCAGCGGUCAGUGGGUGGCGCUUCUGGAGGCGAGGCUACACUUAUCAGCUCAGGGGCAUCUGUUAUUGGUCUUGGAACAGACUUUGGAGGAUCUAUUCAAAUUCCAGCCAUGUUCGCGGGUGUCUUCGGUCAUAAGCCUACUCCAGGACUGAUCUCAUCUGAAGGACAUUACGCUGAGUCAACAGAUGAGCCUUACGGCAAUAGAGUUGGAGUGGGACCGUUGGUCAGGUAUGCUGAAGACCUUCCUCUGCUCAUUUCAGUACUAGCCGACGAGAAAGCACCUUUGCUCAAGCUCAAAGAACCAGUCGAUAUGGGACGCUUGAGAGUGCUUUACAUCGAUGAGCCAACUAAAUCAUUUGGAAUGCCAAAAAUUUCAAAAGAAAUCCAGCAAUUGAUAAAGAAGGCAGCAAACCAUCUGUCCACUUCCUGUGGUUGUCAAACGCAGAUGGUAAAUAAUAUGAGAUUUAAACAAAUGGAACAUGCGCCAGAAAUAAGCAGUGCGAUACUGUUCAGUAUUAAGAGCCUUCCUGAUGUUUUCAGUGAGGUUGAUACAGACAAUCCAAAGAUGAAGCCAAAUGUAUUGCUGGAGCUGGUGAAAUCAUUGUUUGGACUAUCCAGGCAUACGACUGGAGCAUUACAUUUCUCGCUGCUCAAACACUUCAAUUGCAUGUUGUCCCCCUCGAAAACCGAGCAAUAUAUCAAAGAAGGAGAACAACUGAAGACUGAUCUAGUAGAAUGCCUAAGUGAGGACGGUGUGAUUUUGUUUCCCACUUUCCCGACGGCGGCUUACUACCACAGAGAGUCAGCGGUGCGAACACUCGACUUCAGCUAUUCUGCUCUCAUUUCAGCCAUGGGUCUGCCAGCCACACAUGUACCCAUGGGACUGAAUAGCAAAGGACUACCAAUCGGCAUUCAGGUUGUUGCUGCGCCCUACAAGGACAGACUAUGUUUUGCGGUGGCAAAAGAGCUAGAAAGAGCAUUCGGAGGGUGGGUGCCUCCUUCAAACUAACAAAAUAUCACAUACCGUACUUUAUUAUAAACGUUUCCAAGAAAAACAUUAAUAUUAUUACAUUAAUUUUUAUCAAGUAGUUUGAUAAACCUAUUAAAUAUUCGAUUGAGGUAAUUUGAUAGAAUAUACGACAUAAAGUUAACUAUCUAUUGAAAUAUGUAUUUGCUUAGUUUUUUGUACGAAAGUUGACUCAAACUUCAGCUCUUGAAAAAUUUGUAAUGGGUGGUCAUGUGUUAAUGUUUGAUUCUGAAUCAGUAAUAAUAUAAGCUGCUUAAAUAAAAAGUUUCGAAUAUAUUGCUGUUGUAAAAAUUAAAAUGUUGUACUAGAUAGGGGAAUAGUGAAUAACUGAAAGAAUAUAUUUGAAUUUAUUCCAUGAUUAUUUUCAUCCUUUAGAAUAGAUUAUUAUAAAUACCAUAUAGGAAAACAAGAUUACUGAAUUAAACAAAAUAUAAAGUCCAUCUAAAAAAAAUAAUUAAAAAAUAAAAUCAUUUACAAAAUGAAAAAAAUAAAAUGAUAAAAUCAUUUUCUGCGUACACUAAAACUACAGAAUGUACAUAUCAUUGUGAUAUAAGAUAAGCUUUGAAAUAUCAAAUGAAUAAUCAUUAAAUAUUUUUUAUAUGAAA